GGGAAGGGCCAUUAGAAGUCUGCCCAUCAUCAGAGGUAGGAGUUGCUGAAGUAUGUGGGAAGGAGCCUGAGCACCUCCAAUCCUGUCGCUGGCCACAACUUAGCUUCUGAAUAAAGAAAGCCGCUCUGCCUGAUCGUCUGUCCUCUGCAGCCAUGGUGAAGUUGGGAAACAACCUGACUGACAAGAACACCGGGAAGGCUGCGGCCACCGAAGAUGGUUUUGACACCAUCCCUCUUAUCACGCCACUGGACGUCAACCAGCUCCAGUUCCCGGCUCCAGACAAGGUUAUAGUUAAAACACGGGCAGAAUACCAGCCAAGUCAAAAGAAAGGCAAGUUUCAAGCACCGAAAAUUGCUGAAUUUACCAUCAGCUUCACUGAUGGGGUUUCGGAGCGGUUCAAGGUCACAGUUCUCAUUCUCUUUGCACUGGCAUUUCUUACCUGCAUAGUGUUCCUGGUGGUGUACAAAGCUUACAAGUAUGAGCACAGCUGCCCAGAUGGAUUUGUCUUCAAGCAUAACCGCUGCAUUCCAGCUGGGUUGGAGACCUACUACUCGGAGCAGGAUUCUGUUUCUCGGGGAAGAUUUUACACUGUCAUCAACCACUACAACUUGGCUAAACAAACCAUUUCACGCUCGGUAUCACCCUGGUUGGCUGCACUCUCUGAAGAGAAAGUGUUGGAGAAGGAAAGUGAAGGGGCCGGCAAAACAGCCGAGUAAGUUCCCAGGUCCAACCAAUGGUUCCUUGCUGAAACCACCACAGGAACCAACAUUAGCUGCUUAAUGUACAAGGCACUGACAUUAGUAAGGUAUGGAAGAGAACUUGUUAAUUUGGUCCAGCUCAGUUUUUCUUCCACUUCUCUUCAUUCUGUUCAUGUUAUUUGUAAGUGUUAAUGAAAUGAUUUGCAAGAUGGCAUGCUUGUCUCAUUUUAUUAGGACAUUCAGCUGGGAAUGCCGUACUUUUAUUAAUCUCAGGUUGUGGAUGUGAAAGUAAAUAAGUAGAAAAGACCUGUUCCACAUACCAAUUCUCUGGCUAGAUCUUCUAAAAAAUGCAAUUAAACACCCUUAAAUUAAUUAUGCUGUCUUUAAAAGAAAAAUGGGACAAAGUCACCUCCAGAAAUUCCUGUGUAGUGGGUAAUGGAUACUUGAUCAUAUGGUAUGUUAGAUUAGUAAGUUUCUCUUAUAUUUCAAAUUAGCAAAUACAACAAAGUAUAUUACUCUGGUUCUGUGUUAAACUAUAAUGUGAAUUGUUUUUCUUAGAACAUGGGAAGCAGUGAGAUAUUUUAUAAAAGAAACUAUUUAGAAUAAAAUACUCCAUUCUGUCUGAAUCAGCAAUGUUGAUACAAACUUUGCAUUUAGCCAAAACUGAAUCCAGGGAACAUAUAGUUGGGUUCAUUUAUGGAAUAGCAAAUUUGGCAGUUGGGUCAUAAAGUUAUACACUCUGGUCUUCUGUAUAGAAAGUCACUUUCACCACCUUUAAUUGUAAGUAAUGCUGAAUUAAAUGAUGGGGAGGUACCAUUGUCACAGCAAAGCAGAGCUCCUAAUCGGUGCCCCAGAAUUUGUAAAGGCCACAUUCUGAAGCUUGAGCCAACAACAUUGCUUUGCAAAGGAACAAUCAUUUUGCCUCAUUUCUGAUGAUAUGGUGGGAUAUUCUAUACCAGUCACAAAUUUUGAAGAAAAUAAUCUGUUUUUGUAUUAAAAAAAAAUGGUUUUAGGUUGGCUCCUGCCAUUCUAGAUGUCCUAAGCAGCUAUUUCUUGAUUCGUGCAUAUGCCUUGACUGCUCAGGGUUUGAAUGGCACUUGGAACUCUUUCCCCUUCCCCAGGAAGAGAUCCUAUCAUUAGAACUUAAAACUAAGCAUUUCUGCAGUCAUUAACAAUAAUAGGAGCCUGUUCUUCAGAAGCCCAAAUGUAUAGAAAGAUCGAACAAAAUGCAGUGUUUUUAAUGUAUGAGAUUUAUUUCAAACUACGUCAACUUUUUAAAGUGAAAUCUUUUACUGAUGUUAUUGAAACAGUGUCAUCUGAGCAUUUAAAAAAUGUUUUGCUCAGCAGUAUUUGUGCAUAAUAUAUUUUGUAAUUAAUGGUUUAAAUGAUACACAUAAAUUUUACUUAAAUGCUGGCUAUAUUUCAGGAUUAAGUAAUAGUUCCUUGUUUUUACAUCUCUCCAUCCCCCCUCAAAUUCAGGAGGAAAUAAACACUCCUCAUUUUGUUUCUGCCAAUGGUCAAUUUCUCUAAGUAAUUAUGUAAAAGCCAAUUGGUCAAAUUUGCUCUUAGAAUGAAGAGGUGCCAAUAUCAAGUCAAAAAGCCAGAUGUGAACACUUCAGAUCGAUUUUUACAGAACCACAUUGGAUGGUGAGGGAAAGACAUGAAAGGAAAAGGGAGGGAAAAAAAGAUGCAGACACACAACAAAUUAAAAUGAGUGCCAAAACAUCAUGCUUUGUAAAACGUGUGCCAUACUUGUCAUUUAGUGUUUAUGGUGUUAUUUAAGUCCUGUUUGUACAGAACUCCAUGUGUUUUAUACAUCUGAGCAAAAAUGAUACUUGUAUUGGAUGUAAAAUGAAGCAAUGAGGGUAUAACCGAUUCACUAUUUAAAACAAAUAAAGUCAAAUAAUAAUGACA